UAAUAUCAAGAUGUUUACGCGUAUAUACCUUUAUAUCGGUGCGGCGCAUUUUUUGAAAGAACAUUCCGAAAAAGUUGUCAGAACGCGAGUGGUGUGUGAAUCUGCGUCGCUAAAACCACAGGACAAGCGCAUCCUCCCAAUGAAAAACUUAUUAGCACCAUACUUUUGCUCUUCCAAUUUCAAUGCGAUAAUUCGGUGAAUUAGUGUCUCCUUUCGUCGGCUACAACGUGUGUUAAAUUAUACCGUACUGGAAUAUUUUUUUAUUCAAUUAACUUGAGGACAUGAACUGCAUGACGUAUUUUCUACUACUAAUUUUAUUCUCCAGUGUAAACUUAAAAAAGGUUUCGGUCUAUGUCCAUCCAUAUUCACCCGACAUUACUAGAUGCGACUUCAUAAAUGGUGAAGACACAAACGUCAACUGUUACGGAAAAUCUCUGAUGGAGAUCCCGAAUAACCUGUCUAGAUAUCUUUCCCAAUUUAGCAUCACUCAAAGCGGGAUUAAACAUAUAACCAAGAGUUCCUUUGACAGAUACAGGGAAGAAAUGAGGGACGUUACUCUGUCCGAUUUGCCAUAUUUACGAGUAAUAGAAGAUGGUACUUUCAGUGAUAUGCCCAAACUAAGAACAUUGUACAUUACUCACGCACCUCAGAUAAUGUUUCUACACGGACUACUGAAAGGAGUUACAUCACAUAAUUUUUAUUCAUUAAGGAUAGUGUGGACGAAACUAACAGAAAUUCCAGACCUAUACGACCUUUCGAUAAACAACAACACAUUAUUUCUUUUGGAUCUGGACCAUAAUAAUAUUCAACAUAUUCAAGCAAACGCAAUCAAGGUGAUAGCACAGCAAGUGACAAUUAAUUUUAAUCCUUUAGAAGUUGUGGAUGAUUAUGCUUUUAAUGGCUCUGAAAUAGCAGAAUUGCAAAUGCACCAUAACCCUCAACUCAGAACCUUAGGUAUCAACGCCUUUAGUGGUAUUAAAAGUCUAUGGUCAUUAGACUUAUCCCGCACUUCGAUUACAAGACUGCCCAGUGAAGGAUUGCAAGAACUGGAAACUUUAAAAAUAGAAGCUACACAUACGAUGCAAACUAUUCCUAGUAUUUACGAUUUGGGGAAAUUAACAUCGGCCAAGCUGACACAUUCCUUCCACUGUUGUGCAUUCCGAUAUCCAGAACAACACGAUCCCAGUAAACAUGCUCAGUAUACCGAAAAUCUAAAGAAAAUAUGUGAAUUGGCAAAUUCUGAUUCCAACGUAUCAAGUAGAAAGAGAAGAUCAAGCAGCAAAGAAUGGCCCUACACAUUUCAGGGAUCGGAAAAUCUCACCAGUUCAGAUUACUUACUCCGAUCACGGAUGUUCGGAGCAAUACAUCCCAUAAAAGGCAAAGCUUUGGGACGCGAAGAAGGGAGAGUCAUCAACACAAUGAAGAACGACGAUUUCAACGAAGAUGAUGGAUUCUUCCACCUGGUUACGAAAGUGAAUGAUACAGAGGCAAAUAAUCAGUGUGGAAAUAUUGUAAUCAGGAUACCUGAAGUGGAAUGUUUACCAGAUCCAGACGCUUUAAAUCCAUGCGAAGAUAUAAUGGGAAUGUCAUGGCUACGAAUAUCAGUAUGGUGCGUGGUCGUAUUGGCAUUGCUUGGAAAUCUGGCAGUCAUGAUCGUGUUUCUAUUCGGUCCAACUGAAAUUAACGUGGCCCGAUUCCUGAUCUGUAAUCUGGCAUUUGCAGACUUUUGUAUGGGUUUAUAUCUACUGCUGAUAGCUUCGAUGGAUUUCCAUUCCGUUGGAGAGUAUUUUAACUUUGCAUACAAUUGGCAAUACGGUAUCGGAUGUCAAAUAGCAGGAUUCUUAACCGUUUUCUCGAGCCACUUAUCUAUAUAUACAUUAACCAUAAUAACACUGGAGAGGUGGUUCGCAAUCACGUACGCUAUUCAUCUAACAAAAAGGAUUACUAUCAAAUGUGCAAUGUAUAUUUUGCUUGGAGGAUGGGUUUACUCAUUUAUUAUAGCCAUCCUCCCGGUCGUUGGAAUAAGCAACUACAGUAGCACAAGCAUUUGCCUACCGAUGGAAAGUAAAGAAGUAGUCGACAAAAUUUAUUUAUACACUGUAAUAUUUAUCAACGGAGCAGCCUUUGCUCUCAUUGUUUUCUGCUACGUUCAAAUAUACCUCAGCCUUGGUUACGAGACCAGAAGAGCCAGCACUAAAGGCGAGAUGACGAUCGCGAAGAAAAUGUCUUUACUUGUUCUUGUGGAUUUUGCGACAGUAGCUCCAGUGGCAUUUUUUGGAUUGACUGCUUUAGCUGGAUAUCCUUUGAUCGGUGUCACGAAAUCGAAGAUAUUGUUGGUGUUCUUUUAUCCGUUAAAUGCCUGUGCUAACCCUUAUUUAUAUGCUGUAAUGACUGCCCAAUACAGACAAGAUUUUCUGAAGCUAGUGUCAAGGUGCAAAAACUGCAACAGACAUAUUGAACCUCACAAGACCGAUUCAGUUCCAUUAUCUAUUUCCAACCACACGCACAAAAAUGGUUAUUGUGCAACACACGGUUAGACUUGAUAGUUGUUUAUAAAAGACUUAAAUCUCAUUUUUGUGAGAUGUAUCAAGAAGUCUCAAAUUGCUCUUGCUCUGCAAAAUUUGCAGAACAUUUUUUUAUAUAAUUUAUUUAGGUUAUUUCUCUUAUUUCUAAGAGUAAAAUGUCCUUGGUUAUUGUAAUGACAAGAAGUAUUAUGCAUUAUAUUUUUAAAAAAUUUAGUAAGAUAUUUUAUACAUUUGAAAUAAAUUUUAUAUAUUUUUUAUUUAGUUAUAUACAUUGAGGUUGUACUAUUGCUUUUGUAUAUGUAUUGGUAUUAUUUUUGUCAUCAACCUUUUCAUAAGGUAUACUGGAUUUGCUCACCCCAGUCUCAAGUAUCUAUGGUUUAUUGUUUAACCAAGAGGAGUAAACUAAAAAGACAAAUUCACACCCAAGAAAGUCACUAGAAAAGUCACCAAAUACAUCUUCUUUUUUGGUUGAUCAUGUCGACCCACAACGGUAACCCUAAAUAUUAUAUUAUAUUAAUACGUCGCUAAAGAGUUCUAAAAACAACUGUUUUUUUUUAUAUAAAAGCAGACUAAAAAUCUAAAAAUUAAAGGAAUAACGCAGAAAACAAAAAAAAUCGCCGAUAUAACUUAAUUAACCUAUGAAAUGCCAAAAGUGUCUAAAUUUGAUAAAUGUCAUUAGUGUCAAAAUUUUAUAACACUGGAGUAAACUUGCCUACGGUUGGACCAAUUACAAACAUGCAUUACAGCGCGGUAAAUUUGAAUCACUUCUUCUGGUUUAAAAACAAACAGGUAUAAAUUUAGACAUUAUUUUUUUGCUAAGUUGGACAAAUUUUGACUUCAACUAUGUAAAAGUGGAUAGAAGUUUAUAUUGUAUACAACCAUGCAAUCGUGUUCAUAGCUAAUAAUAAUUUGUUAAAGUUAAAAGUAAAAAAUAUACACUCCCCUUAUUCAUGAUUAUUCUUCUUUUUUUUUUCAAUAAAAGAAGUCUUUAGCAGUAAGCUUACUUCAACUAUUAAUAAGAUAUGUUAGGAUUUUCAUAGAGGUAUAUAUUAACAUAAUAUAACAUAUAAUAUAACAAUAAUAAUAUAACAUAUAAUAAGGCAGCCACAAAAUAUAACAAUAGGAGAAUACAACAUUGAGGGGGUAAAAAACUUUACAUACUUGGGAUCCCUAGUCACAUCUGAUAAUAACGUAGCAGAGGAAGUGAAGAGGCGAAUAUUUAUUGCCAAUAAAAGUUAUCAUGGCUUAAUUCGGCAACUAAGAUCAGACAACGUCGCAAGGAAAACAAAAUGCCAAAUAUACAAAACCCUAAUAAGACCGGUACUCACAUACGGCUCAGAAACCUGGACACUCACUAAAAGAGAGGAAACAUUGCUAGCCACCUUUGAACUAUACGAAAUAUACCAGGAUCCAGAUAUCAUAACAUUCAUUAAAAUAGGACGGCUGCGUUGGAUGGGACAUGUAGAAAGAAUGGAAGAAGGCGAAAUACCAAACAAAAUAUUCAAACAGAUGCCAGUAGGAAAAAGAACAAGAGGAAGACCGAAGCUGAGAUAUUUAGAACAAAUAGAAAAUGAUAUAAAAACCUUAAAAAUAGAAAACUGGAGAAAAAAAGCACGAAACAGAUCAGAGUGGAGAAGAAUCCUGGAACAGGCCAAGACCCAGAAAGGGCUGUCGAGCCAAUGAUGAUGAUGAUGAUGAUGAUAUAUUAACAUAGAGUGAGCCUACCCUCCCCGCUUCCUGACGACAAGAUCUCUUGGACUGGUUUGGGCUAUCUCUUUCUAGCACAUUGUAUGGAAAAUUGGAAAAACUAAGAUGACAUUAAGUGUGAGUAUAGGCACGGAAGUAGAAGUAUAACAGCACUGAGCCAAAUAAAAAAGAUGGUGUCGUCACUUCGCUCUGAAUGACACUGUCUUUGAUAAUAAUAUAGUCUAUGUGAUUUUUUUGUGUCGUAUAUUUCUGACAAUGACGCUGUCAAAAUACUCCCAAGCUGAAUGAACCGUCUGUACAUAUGGUGUAUUAUUUUUCCUAAUUCUAUUAUUUGCUGCUUACACUAUAUUCCAUAUUAUUGUGUAAUUACGUGCAUGGCUAAAGGUUCUAAACCAAGGCCAGAAAACAAAACAAAAAAAAAACUAUAUCCCAGCCUAAGUAUGUCUAUCUCUCACUAAAUAGCGGCCACACAUUGUGCAGAAACUGGAGGGGAAUGAUCUUGCUUACCAUUAUGAAUAAAAUUCUCUCAAUAUUUUGUAUAUUGAGAGUAUAAAGAUACAGAUUUUUAACCAAUAGAAUCGCGAUAUGGCAUUCGCGAUAAAGGUGGUACACGCGCAGUGACCAAUGGCCAGUCAAAUACAUACGCUUUGACAGUUCUCAAUAUGUAAACAAACUGUCAAACUGACAAACUACUUAAUUUGUUUGCGUUACAAAAUUAAUAAAUUUGAAUAUAUUUUUUGUUGUGAAUGAUCAUAGAAAAACUAGUGUAUACAACUUGCAUUUAAUUAUCAUGAUGAAGCUCGUACUCUAUACGAAACUCGCUGCAUACGGCACGUUUCGUAUCCCUCAUACUCGCUUCAUAAUGGCUAUCAUUAAAUGCUCGUUGAAUAAUAUACUAUUAAUUUAAAAACACACAAUCUAGAUUUAGUAUAAAUAUCAAGAGUUGUACCUACCAUAUUUUAGUUUACACCUCAGUAUAAUUAAUUAUACACACAUUUAUAUAAAAGACUGAAUAAUUUCUUUGGAUACUGUAUUAUUUGUAGUUAUUAAUAAAAAUGUUCAUUUUA